AUGGCGCCCUCUCCGCCAGCAGUCACCGAUGGGUCGAAGACAUGGUCGCCGUCGCACUUGUUCUUCAGCGACAACCAUGGCGGCACAACGCCAGAAAUCUGGGACAAAAUCCACACGCACCUCAAGGCCAAUGAGUUUCGAGAAGCAAUCGCAGCGGCCUUUGAACUGAGCCAGGGCGACAACUUCACGUACCAUGCCAAUGCGUCGGUCAACCUCGGUCAAGCGGAGGCAGCCAUCCGCGCCGGGAGGACGAACGGCUUGCAUGGUUGGUACGUUGAAACAACCGCUUCUGCUACCGAUUUGAACAACAACGAUGACGACUCAGCAUCGAGGACGAUCCCAGGACAGCCGUCGUUACGAAUAUCAGGCUACCCGCCUACAGCAGACAUCCAGGCCUACAUCUCGCUAUUCGAUCCGACAAAAUCUGCCGCCAACAGUCUGAAAUCUCUGUUGGCAAACGCCAAAAAGGGCUCGCUUCGCGCGACGGUGGCGGAAUAUCUCCUCAGCAAACGCUACCUCGAUCCCUCGAUCAGUGUGCCAAAAUUCAAGAUCCCUCCUGCUGCUGCUGCUCAAGAUGGGCACAACCACUCCAAGAUGACACAGCACGAAAACCCGUCGCUGGAUUUCUGGGCCUAUUCCUGCGUGGCGCUCGAGUACACGGGACCCAACGCCAGGACGGCGCUGGUCAAGACCUCGCACCACGUCCUGCCCGUGUACAUGCACCAUUUUGGGUGCGUGUGCCCAUCAUGGGAAUCACUCCAGAUCAUCGCGAAACUGGCCUCUGGCGGCAGCGUGCUCGACAUGGGUAGUGGAAACGGGUACUGGACACUCAUGCUGCGUCGGCUGGGUCUGAGCGUCGUCGCCGUCGACAGCGGGCAGUCACGAUGGCGCACCGUAUGGAUCCCCGACACGGUCGUCACGGACGGGAUCACGUACCUGCGCAAACGCGCCGGCUGCCCCGACAGCCUGCUCCUGCUCGUCUACCCCAUCGUCGGCGCUGGCGGCGGCGGAGAGUUCACACGCAAGGUCAUCGACGCAUACACGGGCGACGUCGUCUGCGUGGCCGGCACGCAGAACGGCAACGGCUACACCGGCUUCAAGGACAUGAUGAUCGAUGAGUACAUGCACAGAGAAAAGCCCGCGUGGGAAAAGGUCGCGCAGGUGCCACUGCCGAGUUUUGCCGGCAAGGACGAUGCCUUGUUUGCGUUUCGGCGCAAGAAAGAGAGUACAUAA